UCUCUUUUGCCGUUACUUCCCUAUAAAAAAAGAUUUAUUUGGCAGACCUGUGAGGUCUGCUCGUGAGAAUUUUGCCUGCUGGGACUGAAUGUACAGACUUGUUAGAGGCUCUGCCAAAUAAAUCUUUUUUUAUAGGGUUAUCUUUUCCUGUUAAUGAGGAUUAUAUUCUUGGAAUUUCAGUGAAUAAAGCUGUUAAAUAUUAAAAUUUAAAAUAAUGAAAUUCAACCACACUGCUUAUUAAUAAUUUUUGUUCUAAAAAUACUUGCGCUGCUUGUCUUCGCACACUCUAUGUUUAUGAAUUCUGAGGGUACUCAGCUUUCACGAACUUCAUACAUUCAAAAUCUGGGGCUGUCAAAGUACCCAUAGUCCUCAUGGUUCUGACGCCCCUGUAAAAAUGCACGAACGCAACAAUCACUAAUUUAACCUUCAGUCUCAUCGAACGACUUGUUACUGAUAUCAACAACAGAAGUUGAGAAUCGAUGAACAAUUCCGGCAAAAAUAUAUAUGAUUUAAAGGAAAAAACCCAAUUUACUCUUAAUCGCGUCACAGUACAAUAAUCUUAUGAUAGUGAAACUGUAUAAAGAACGUAGAAUUUAGUGAAGAAACAUAGAAUAUUUAUAUUAUUAUUUUCUCACUGGUCUCUCUGUAUAUAGUCAGGGAUGGGCUCGUCUAUGACUAGACUUGUAGUUCUACUCUGGCUGCAUGAGAUCACUCCUCUAUAUGAAAAUAUCAGAUGGACAAUACUCAUGAGUAUUUUGUCAAAAGUUAUAUGAGUACUCAAGAAUACCCAAGCAUGAGUACCCAAAGUCGUACCCACAGUACUGGUUACUCACUCAUGAGUACUCAAUGAGUAAAAACAUGUGUGAGUACUUAUGAGUACUCGGGACAUUUUUCAGCAGAGUACGACUUUGAGUACUCACACUUGAGUACAUUCACUAGGACAGGAAGCAAAUUGGUCACUGGCAUAGUUUCAGUCUUCGAAGACAUUGAAAAUUUCUGUCUGCUUUGAACUAGAAAUAUUCCCACUUUGAAAAGUGGUAAGGCGAGAAAAUGAAGAAUACCUUGAAGAUCCUUCUUGUGACCGAUGGUCCUUUAGUGUCAAUGAGCCAUAUUCACAUCCUGAUGAGAACGCUGUACGUUGGCCGUCGAAUGGCUCGAAAGGCUGGCCGUACGAGUGCGUGUAUUGUAUAGACAGACGUCAAGAAAAUAGUACCGCGAUGGGGCGUCCUCAUCAGGAUGUGAAUAUGGCUCAUUCCGAGAUAAUGUAUUUGUCAACUGACCAAAGUAGCGGAUACGCUCCAAGUAGAUGGUCUCAUCGUCCGUUAGAUCCGGAGAAACUUCUAACUUCAUAUCGUGAAAUCCCUCGAAAUGAAAGUGAAGAGGCACAUUAG